UAGGAAGUAGCAAAUAACUUUACAGCUGGCUAGCGAUCUAUACAGUGGAUGUGUUAAAAUCAUUUUUGGAUUGACCCCCAAAAAAUUACGUUCUCGUCAGCUAGCCUGCGUCAUUGGAUCAGCCAUGGGAAAGGGUGGUGGUACAUUUGAGAGGCUUCUUGAUAAAGCAACCAGUCAGCUGCUGCUGGAGACAGACUGGGAGUCCAUCCUGCAGAUCUGUGAUCUCAUUCGUCAAGGAGACACACAGGCGAAGUAUGCCAUCGGAGCCAUUAAGAAGAAGCUAAUGGAUAAGAACCCGCAUGUGGCCCUUUAUGGUCUUGAGGUGUUGGAGUCAGUAGUGAAGAACUGUGGUCAGACGGUCCAUGAUGAGGUGGCCUGUAAAACCACCAUGGAGGAGCUGAAGGAUCUACUGAAGACGGAGCCCAACGUGAGGAAUAAGAUCCUCUACCUGAUCCAGGCCUGGGCCCACGCCUUCCGCAACGAGCCCAAAUACAAGGUGGUUCAGGACACGUACCAGAUCAUGAAGGUGGAGGGUCACGUGUUUCCAGAGUUCAAGGAGAGUGACGCCAUGUUUGCUGCAGAGAGAGCUCCAGAUUGGGUGGAUGCGGAGGAGUGUCAUCGCUGCCGGGUGCAGUUUGGAGUGAUGACUAGAAAGCACCACUGUAGAGCCUGUGGUCAGAUCUUCUGUGGGAAGUGUUCCUCCAAGUACUCCACCAUCCCCAAGUUUGGCAUCGAGAAGGAAGUGCGUGUGUGUGAGCCCUGCCACGAGCUGCUCAACAACCACCCUUCCCUCUCUCCCCCGCCUAGGAAAGCUGAAGGGGGUAAACCGGUCGGGACAUCCACGUCCGUGACCCCAGGCCCGGCAGAGCUGCCCCCAGAGUACCUGACCAGCCCCCUGUCCCAGCAGUCUCAGGUAGUGGUCCAGGAAACAGUGCCCCCCAAACGGGACGAGGCGGCCCUGCAGGAGGAGGAGGAGCUUCAGCUGGCCAUCGCCCUAUCACAGAGCGAGGCUGAGGAGAAGGAGAGGAUGAGACAGAAGAACUCGUACGGGGUCUACCCCAAAGCUGACCCCGCCCCAGUCACCUCCUCAGCCCCGCCCGUCAACUCACUCUACUCCUCUCCUGUGAACUCCUCUGCUCCCUCAGCUGAAGAUGUCGACCCUGAGCUGGCUCGAUACCUGAACAGAACGUACUGGGAGAAGAAACAGGAAGAGGCACGUAAGAGUCCCACCCCAUCUGCCCCUGCCCCCGUACCAUUGGCUACUGAGCCCCUGCCAAUCAGCCAGCCCCAGCCAGUGGAAACGGUCGCACCACUCCCAGCACAAGUCGUCAUGGCCCCGCCUCCAGUCAACAUAGUGGAGCAGCAGUAUCAGAACGGUGAGUCGGAGGAGAACCACGAUGCGUUCCUGAAGGCUCUGCAGAACGCGGUCACCACCUUCCUGAACCGUAUGAAGAGUAACCACAUGCGCGGUCGCAGCAUCACCAACGACAGCGCUGUGCUCUCCCUCUUCCAGUCCAUCAACACCAUGCACCCCCAGCUACUGGACAUCCUCAAUCAGCUGGACGAGAAGAGACUGUACUACGAGGGUCUGCAGGACAAGCUGGCCCAGGUGCGUGACGCGAGAGCCGCCCUGAACGCCCUACGAGACGAACACAGAGAGAAGCUGCGUCGUGCUGCCGAGGAGGCGGAGAGACAGAGACAGAUCCAGCUGGCCCAGAAACUAGAGAUCAUGAGACAGAAGAAACAGGAGUACCUAGAGAUGCAGCGUCAGCUGGCCAUCCAGCGACUCCAGGAGCAGGAGAAGGAGAGACAGAUGAGGCUGGAGCAACAGAAACACACCAUCCAGAUGAGAGCCCAGAUGCCUGCCUUCCCCAUGCCCUACCCACAGAUGCAGUCUUUGCCCCCCAACGUGGCAGGAGGGGUGGUGUACGGGCAGCCGGGGGGACCCCCCAGUUACCCAGGCACCUUUAGCCCCUCAGGGUCAGUGGAGGGGUCGCCCAUGCACAACGUCUACAUGAACCAGCCUGGACCAGGACAGUACCAGGCCAUGCCUCCAGACCCCAACAUGUACAUGUACCAGCCUGCAGGAACCAAUGGGCAGCCUGCACCCCCUGGCCAGGCCCUGCCCACUACUAGCCCCGCCUACUCUAACUACCAGCCCACACCCACACAGGGAUACCAGCAGAACGUGGUGUCCCAGGCCCAGUCUCUGCCCCCUAUGCCCCAGCCUCCCCCCACUAACGGUAUGUCCUACGUGGCCUACCCUCCACCCUACGCCAUGCAGAGUAUGAUGGCAGCCCUACCUGGGCAGGACCCCAACAUGCCCCCACAACAACCCUACAUGCAGGGCCCAGGACAACAGCCCAUGUACCAACAGAUGGCUCCCCCUGGUGGCCCCCAGCAGCAGGUUCAGCAGCAGCAGCCUCCGCAGGUCCAUCCAGGCAGCGAGGCACAGCUCAUUUCCUUCGACUGAUCCAUCCACCUGGCUAGCUCAGCUUAACGUUACCACCUGCUGCUGGCAGAGUUCAACACACUACACCCUCUCUCUCCUCUUCUGUCCUCACCUCUCUUCUCUCUCCUCUUCUGUCCUCACCUCUCUUCUCUCUCCUCUUCUGUCCUCACCUCUCUUCUCUCUCCUCUUCUGUCCUCACCUCUCUUCUCUCUCCUCUUCUGUCCUCACCUCUCUUCUCUCUCCUCUUCUGUCCUCACCUCUCUUCUCUCUCCUCUUCUGUCCUCACCUCUCUUCUCUCUCCUCUUCUGUCCUCACCUCUCUCCUCCUCUGUGUUCUCCUCUCUCCUCCUCUUCUGUCCUCACCUCUCUCCUCCUCUGUUCUCCUCUCUCUCUCUGCUGGGCUCGUGGCCUGGAUUCCCCAACAAACACACGUUUCUCACAAUGUUUCUGUUACGGCAAUGUUGUGAAAUAUUAUAGUUGUGUAACAGACAUGUUACCUCUCCUCCUAGCCAUCCUCUCUCCCCCAGCUGACAUGGAGGAUGAGAGGAGUGAGGAGGGGGUUAGGUAGUGUUACUAUGCACCAUGCGUACCCCAGGGUUGUAUUCACUAGGAACCUAGACGGGGAGGGACUACCUGAGCUUAUAAGAAACACUUUUUAAUGCGUUUUGCUACAGUGUUCUGUCCUCACCUCUCUCUGUCCUCACCUCUCUCUGUCUCUGUCCUCACCUCUCUCUGUCUCUGUCCUCACCUCUCUCUGUCCUCACCUCUCUCUGUCCUCACCUCUCUCUGUAUCUCUCUCUCUGUCCUCACCUCUCUCUCUGUAUCUCUCUCUCUGUAUCUCUCUCUCCCUCUCUGAUAAUGUAUGUAGUCUUUCUCUUCUGAAACUAAUAUCUGAAGCUCAUCUAGUCAGUGGUAUAAUAAAGGAACAAAUCAAAUAUGACAGGAAUCAAUGGAAUCUAAGACCAUGACCAUCCUUUCUCAUAUUUAAAUAAGCUAGUUUGCAUGUUAAAGUCGUUAUUUCCAUGGACAUGUCAGGUGUUACAGCAGUAACUGUUCUGGGGUCAUAUUUGUGGUGAUUGGACAUGUUUCAUACUGCCUGCUUGGUUGACAGGGGCUGUGAGAGUUAAUGGAGAGAUGAGUGAAGGAAAGAUGUAGGACGGAGCACAGAAAAGCACCUCUAACAGGUCCCAGGGUUCUAGUGAGAGUGUCAGAGACACACAGAGCUCAUUUUAAAGUAUAGAUGGGCCGUCUUAUGUUGCCACGGCUUGGUAGUGUUUUUCACUACAGCUUUUUGAGUUGAUGAUUGAGAACAUGGGAGAAAGGACGUACCUUUUUUAUUAGGUUUUACACUUCUGAUAUCUUCUCACCAAUCAGACUGGCUGAGGGGAAACAGUAUGGGACUACAAUAGAACACUCACAUCCAGUGUGGAACUACAAUUCCCAAUAUUCACAGCUCCAGAGACCGAUUACCACCAUCACUCUCUCAAGGUGUCCCGUGUCACAACUGUUGACAUAAUGGGUCUCUCCCAACAACUCCAUUAAUUAACCAUAAUGCCUUGCAUCACACUCCAGGAGGAACUAGUGUGAAUAGAACUUAAGAUUACAAAUGUAGUGCCAUUGCCAAAUAUUAACUAGCAGUUAUCCAGAGGGUUGCAGUCAGCUCUAUAUGGCUGUUUACACAGGCAGUCCCAUUCUGAUCUUUUGACCAAUUAGUGGCAAAAGAUCUGACCUGAUUGGUCAGAAGAUCAAUUAGUGUCAAAACCACCAGAAUGGAUCUGCCUGUAUAAACACAGCCUAUGAGCGAGUAGAGACACCCUCUGACUGGGUGUGUCCUAAAUAGCACUCUUUUUCCUAUAUAGUGCACUACUUUUGACAAAAGCCCUAUAGGUGUGUAUCUGUUGGGUGCUGAGAUGUUGACAGGGUUGAGGUGGAGUUAUCUGUAGAGGGGGACUCUACAUUAGAUGGGCAUCCAUUUUGUUUCUGGUGCUAGUUUCAGUAAAGUUCAGUUUAAUCACAAAACCAUUUCCUCAAUUCCUCGUUUCCUUUCCUUAGUUCUUCUCUAAUUCUUUGCCCGCUUCUGUCACAUGUUUUGAGGAGGAGAGGGAGAUCGGACGUAGGGGAGGGAAUCAGGAAAAUACCCUUUGAGAUCCACCCUUUCAGAGUGUCUUUCAGAACCCUGUGGGCCGGGAGUGGAGAGGUGGUGGUAGUCAGUUCUUCAGGGUAUGUGCAUGUGCUGUACAUGUGAUGGGCAUGUGAUGUAACAUGUGAUGUGCAUGUGAUGUAACAUGUGAUGUAACAUCCACCCAAUCAGUGACUUCCUAUGUAACCCCCUUUGACGCCAUCUUUGAACUUCUUUACUUCACCAUUAAUGAUCUUCUUUCUGUCUGACUUCUUUAAAGUCAUUUUAAGAUUAUAUUGAAUAAAUAUCUUGUUCUUCUCUUGUC